ACGCAUCAGGUAGAAACGUCGCCCUUGCGUCUUUAACGGUGAUCCAAGAGAAGGUAAAGGUUUACUCACUUCGGAAUUAGUGAGUCACCUGUGAUUCAUCUGCGAAAUCGUAAGGAAGAUUUUUAGGAAACUAGCAGUAAAAAAGAAACAGCCAGAAUGCACGGGCGAUCAAAGAGGAAAGGUCCAGACCUAAAAUUCAAGUUUGCUGAUACUCCACCACCUGCACCUGUAGGGCCCCCAAGGGACUUAGAUAGUAGAACAACCAUAACUAUGGAUGGUCAAGAUGUUGAAGUUUCUGCUGAUGAUUUAGAACUUUUACAAGAGCUAGGACGAGGUGCAUAUGGUGUUGUAGAAAAAAUGCGCCAUAGACCUUCAGAUACUAUCAUGGCUGUUAAGCGAAUUACAAGUACAGUUGACAGCCGUGAGCAACAAUACCUCCUUAUGGAUUUAGAUGUUUCUAUGCGAUCUGGAGCAUGUCCUUAUACAGUUCAUUUCUAUGGAGCAUUGUUCCGUGAUGGUGAUGUUUGGAUCUGUAUGGAGGUCAUGGAGACUUCUCUUGAUAAGUUUUACCCUCUUGUGUUUAAACAAGAAAAGACUAUACCAGAAGAAUUUCUUGGCAAGAUAGCUUUUUCUGUAGUGAGUGCCUUAAAUUAUCUCCAUACCGAGUUGAAAGUUAUACAUAGAGAUGUGAAGCCAUCCAAUAUCCUUAUUAAUAGGCGAGGAGAGGUGAAAAUGUGUGAUUUUGGAAUUUCAGGGUAUUUAGUCGACUCUGUUGCUAAAACAGUACAAGCAGGAUGCAAACCUUACAUGGCUCCAGAACGAAUAGACCCGCAGGGUGUGCCAUCAGGAUAUGAUAUUAGAUCAGAUGUCUGGUCUCUUGGCAUAUCUUUGGUGGAAAUAGCAACUGGUAAAUUCCCUUACAAGUCAUGGGGAACACCCUUUGACCAGCUGAAGCAAGUGGUAAUGGAUGCUCCCCCUCGCCUUCCUAAUGGUACUUUUUCUCCAAACUUCGAAAAUUUUAUAGAACAAGUCCUAGUCAAGGAUUACAAAUUGCGGCCAAAUUACAUACGUCUACUGGAACACCCCUUUAUAGUUGCACAUGCAGAUUCUGCAAAUGAUGCUUUUGCUGAAUUUAUCAAUGUUAAUUUACCUCCGGUGCCACAGUGACGUCAACCUCCCUUAGCCUAGUUUGCUUUUUUUUUAUUAUGUUACUAAUAUAUUAGGUAUAAUAAUUAUGAAUUUUUAUCGUACAGAUUAUUAUGAAUAAGUAUGUUAAGACUACCAUGUCUGUGUACGUAUCAUUGUACAAAUGCCAUUACAGGUUUUUAGGAUUUACUGUUGCAAGUUUGAAAUGUAAUAUCUUACAGCAGCAGCAGUAAACAGUGAUGUUGCCAUUACACAUGUCUUGUUGAAGUUGUGCUGUCCUUUGUAAAUAGUUUUUAGAGUAUGUAAUAAACCGGCUUUUUAGUA